GGCGCGGGCGGACCGGAAGCGGGCCCGGGAGCCGUUGCCCUGACAGCGGGGCCGGGAGCCGCCAUGGAGCCCGCGGCCACGCUCACCGACAUGUACGACCAGGCGCUGCUGGGCAUCCUGCAGCACGUCGGCAACGUGGAGGAGUUCCUGCGCGUCCUCUUCGGCUUCCUCUACCGCAAGACCGACUUCUACCGGCUGCUCCUGCGGCCCGGGGACCGCCUGGGCUUCCCGCCCGGCGCGGCGCAGGCCAUGACCCUGCAGGCCUUCAAAGCCUUCGACCGUAUGGCCAGGCAGGACGACGAGAGGAGGCGCCAGGAGCUGGAGGCCAAGCUCAGGAAGAAGGAGGAGGAAGAGGAGGCUGCUGCAGAUGCUGAGAGGGUGAAGCUGUCCCCAGCAGCUCAGGAGAUCGAGGUGGAGACGACAGUGGAGCACAGCUCGGCGCCGGAUGCCAGGGGGGCUGGGGACGCCCCGGCGCUGGCUGCGGGCCCGGAGCUGGCAGAGCCCCUGGGGGCUGCUGCCCCGGCCCAGCCCCAGCCCCCACAGCUGCCCACGCAGGAGCAGUUCCAGACCAACCCUGACAGCUACAACGGCGCCGUGCGCGACAGCUACGCCUGGGCGCAGGACUACAGCGACCUGGAGAUCAAGGUGCCUGUGCCCAAGCACGUCCUCAAGGGCAAGCAGGUGGCUGUGGACAUCAGCAGUGACUCCAUCCGGGUGGCAGUGCUGGAGGGCAGCAGCCAGCAGGUCCUCAUGGAGGGGAAGCUCACCCACAGGAUCAACACUGAGAGUUCCCUCUGGAGCCUGGAGCCUGGGAAGUGUGUGCUGAUCAACCUGAACAAGAGGGAGGAGUACUGGUGGAAUGCCAUCCUGGAGGGCGAGGAGCAGAUCGACAUCGACAAGAUCAACAAGGAGCGCUCCAUGGCCACGGUGGACGAGGAGGAGCACGCCGUGCUCGACCGCCUCACCUUCGACUACCACCAGAAGCUGCAGGGCAAGCCCCAGAGCCACGAGCUGAAGGUGCACGAGAUGCUGAAGAAGGGCUGGGACACGGAGGGCUCCCCGUUCCGCGGCCAGAAGUUCGACCCCUCCAUGUUCAGCAUCUCCCCCGGCGCGGUGCAGUUCUGACGGCGGGGCAGAAGCGGCCAGCAGGGGAGAGGAGAG